AUGCAAGCUCCCGUUGUGUUUAUGAACACAUCGCAAGAACGUACGACUGGACGUGAGGCGCAAAUCUCGAACAUCACCGCCGCCAAAGCCGUUGCAGAUGUGAUUCGGACAUGUUUGGGCCCAAAAGCCAUGCUUAAGAUGCUUCUAGAUCCCAUGGGUGGAUUGGUCUUGACCAAUGAUGGACACGCAAUUCUACGGGAGAUUGACGUUGCACACCCCGCUGCCAAAUCAAUGCUGGAGCUGUCGCGCACGCAAGAUGAAGAGGUCGGUGACGGAACCACGACCGUAAUCAUUUUGGCUGGUGAAAUCUUGGCGCAAUGUGCACCAUACAUUGUAGAAAAGAACAUCCAUCCUGUAGUGGUGAUUCAAGCGCUGAAACGCGCACUAAGCGAUGCGCUCGAUGAGGUCGAGCGCGUGUCGAAGCCUGUUGACGUGGAAAACACACCAGCAAUGCUACGACUCAUUGGAGCAGCCAUUGGAACCAAGUACGUUGCUCAAUGGAGUGAACUAAUGUGCCGUUUGGCACUAGAUGCCGUGCGUUCUGUCCGCGUCGGUGGUGGGUUGAGUUCUGGCAGCCCUUCUGGCAACGCCGAAAAUACGAGCAACACUGCUACUUCUAGUGAUGCUGGCAUCUACGACUCCUCUGUGCCUGUUGAAAUUGAUACCAAACGUUACGUACGUAUCGAAAAGAUUCCAGGUGGCGACGUGAGCGAAUCACGGGUAUUACGUGGUGUUAUGCUUAACAAAGACGUUGUCCACCCCAAGAUGUCUCGUUACAUUGAAAACCCCAGGGUUGUACUACUGGAUUGUCCUUUGGAGUAUAAGAAAGGUGAAUCUCAAACUAACAUUGAAAUUACUCGUGAAGAAGACUGGAACAGGAUUUUGCAAAUUGAAGAGGAACAGGUCAGAAUACUUUGCGAACAAAUCCUCUCUGUCAAACCUACUCUGGUCAUCACCGAAAAGGGUGUGUCUGACCUUGCUCAGCACUACUUGUUGAAAGGCGGCUGCAGUGUCUUAAGACGUACCAAAAAAUCUGAUAACAACCGUAUUUCGCGAGUCACAGGCGCUACAAUUGUAAACCGUGUUGAAGACCUAAAGGAAUCUGACGUGGGUACACGUUGUGGUGUUUUUAAAGUUGAAUUGAUCGGAGACGAAUAUUUCACAUUCUUGGACAAUUGCACUGACCCAAAAGCCUGCACCGUCAUUUUGCGGGGUGCCUCCAAAGAUAUUUUGAACGAAAUUGAACGUAAUCUUCAUGACGCAAUGGCUGUGGCCCGUAAUGUUAUGCUUUCUCCCUCCCUCUCGCCAGGUGGAGGUGCCACCGAGAUGGCCGUUUCCGUGAAGCUUGCUGAAAAAGCUAAACAACUAGAGGGUAUCCAACAAUGGCCUUAUCAAGCCGUUGCAGACGCAAUGGAGUGUAUUCCCCGUACAUUGAUCCAAAAUGCUGGUGGUAACCCCAUAAGAGUGCUCUCGCAACUUAGAUCCCAACACGCACAAGGCAAGUCCACCGCUGGUAUUGAUGGCGAUACCGGUAAAGUAACAGACAUGGUCGAAUAUGGUGUUUGGGAGCCUGAAGUUAUCAAACAACAAAGUAUCAAGACCGCCAUUGAAAGUGCAUGUCUACUCCUGAGAGUUGACGAUAUUGUUAGUGGUGUGAGGAAGCAAGAGUAA